UUCCGAUUGGUCAGUUGCCCUAGGUUUCCCUCAGAACUGCAAGACGCCGAUAUUGCGUUACAUUCUAGCAAAAUGGCGGCUGUCAUUCAGAAUCCACUGAAAGCGUUGGGCGACCAGUUCUAUAAGGACGCCAUUGAGCAGUGCCGCAGCUACAAUGCCCGCCUGUGUGCCGAACGCAGCGUCCGCCUGCCGUUCCUGGACUCUCAGACUGGCGUGGCCCAGAACAACUGCUACAUCUGGAUGGAGCGCCACCACCGAAGCCCUGGUGUUGCAGCGGGGCAGAUGUACACAUACCCCGCUCGCUGCUGGAGGAAGAAGAGGCGGCUCCACAAUACCACGGACCCCCGCCUGGGCAUCUAUGGCCUUCAGCUCGAUGGUGGCCUUAUGUCCAGAGACACUUUGCCCACCCAGGGCACCACACUGGAGGCUCUUCUGCGAGGAGAAGGUCUGGACAAGAGGAACAACUCCAAGAAUGAUGAGGAGAGCCUGCUAGAGAUCCAGAGGGUUCUUGAAGCAGAUGCAGCAGAAGACGCUUUCAAUGACGACGAUGACUACGAGGUGGACACUCCCAAGCGGAGACAUCGAGGAAAGGGAAGAGGCCGGGGUUCAGGCCGCAGGAGGACAGAUCUGGAUGAUGAUAAGCCAUAUGUCUGUGACAACAGAUACAAACAAAAGCAGAAUUCAAAGACUUUGGCCCCAGUCUGUACAAAGCGAUACAGAAACCGCACAGGACUCAGUUACCACUACACUCAUUCCCACCUGGCCGAGGAGGACAGAACCGGGGAGAGAAGCACGGUGGCGUCCCGUUCCCCCACUGCACCACAGACUGACCGGCACAAACGUUCAAAGGUUUCUGGUGGAACCACCAUUCCCAACAACUACUGUAAUAAAUGCCAUGGUGCAAACAGGAAAACGGGUAAAUCUGGGUCUCCCUGCGCAGCCUGCCAAUGCACAACUGGUGGUGGGGAGGAGAAGGAAGACGGCACAUUCGCAGCAGCCGAGGAGCUGUUUGGCACCACCUCAGAGAGCGACACCUCCACCUUUCACGGUUUUGAGGACGACGACCUUGAAGAACCGGCCGCCGCAAAUAGCAACGGGAUAUCCAGCCGCCACAGAUAGACCUGUUAGAUUUCAACUGGCACUUUUUUUCAAAUAUAUAUAUGGAUUACCCUCCGGCAAAAAUCAGCUGCUUCUUUUUCAAUUUUUUGUUCUUGGUUUUGUUUUCAGAAAGCACAAAGUGAGUGUUUCCGGACAGAAAUGCAAGUGGUAUUUUAUCUACUGAACAUUGUUGAAUAAUUUAUGGAGACAAUUUUUUAUAUAUAUUAAUAUAGGGUAUAAACGUACCUUUAAUGCAACAAACUAUCAAUGUUUCCUAAAAAAAAAAAAAAAAAAAAUGUGUAAAACAGAAGAUGCUCUUGGUGUGCUUUUUAAAAAAAAUCUUUUCUUCCCAACGUUGGUAGAAGAAGCAAAAAGCUAUGAACAAAUGCAAACACUGGAGAAAUUAGAGACGGUGAAUUUUUUAAAGUGAUGAGUUUGGUUGGUGAUCGAUUUUCUUUGAAGACGAUACUUGCAAUCGAAGAUCUUCUGGGACUUUGAAGGCGUCUUCUAAGCUCACUCUGGGUUGAAUGUGUGGAAGUGAAGGAAUGAAGGAAAAUUACAAGCCACUGGAAAUAUUGGAAUAUGAAAGUUUUUUUUUUUUUUAUUAUUUUCACGGAGAGGGACAUAAAAAAUUAAAGGAGCAGUGAGCACAUUGCCAUGUUGCCCUGGGAUCAGGGGAUGACCAGUGAAGAAGAGGAUUUAACUCUCAGAAACUAUUGAGCCUCUUCGUCUGUCCUGAUCUGGGCUCAGAACGCGCGACUGAAGCUGCCUUCCAUGAGCAGCGAGGCUUAAUUCAAGCAACUGCUCCCCUGACAUUAUGUACGGAACCCCUUUGAAACAUUUGAAAUGUGAGCAUCCGGCCUCAUUUUCUCCUACCUGCACUGUGCUGGGAGCUCCUGUCUGAACUAUGGGAACACUAAAGGCCAGGCCUUUGGAUGGGUUGUACCCGACCGGCCCAUGGGGGUGACCCUGACCCUCCUGCUCUGUGACCGUGUGUCUGCCCUGAUACAAGAAGACGCCAUCAUCCUGAACACUGUGCUAGCCUGCCGCUCUGCACUGAAAGCCAGCUUUGAUAGCCAUGACUCCUCCAACCUGAUCGGACCAGUGACCCCCACCUGACCCCUCCGCUGACCUGCAGCCAUAGAGCCGGUGCUCAACUUCACCUCUAUUACAUGCAGACCUCUGAACUACGUAAUUCUCUUACUUUGACAGUUUUUCUUUUCCUGAUUUAGUCUGUUUCUGAAGUUGAUCUUAAAUCACAGCAAUCCUUCUCACUGUUUUGCAUGCUUUCUCUGCUGAACUAAGUUUUUCUUCAUUUCUGUCUGUCUGUACUGAUACCUCUGUCUGAUCAGGUGCACAAUACUCACAGCUACUCAGGCAUAUUUUUGUUUCCUGGUGAUUGUUCAGCUUCUUAGCUCAGAUCAGUGAUUGUAUUCGGCUAACGAGGAGAGACAUCAACACCCGCACCUCAAUUUUCCUUUUUUUUUUUUUCCAAAUUUUUAAUAAACACCUGCAAAGGAUUCUGGGAGGCAGCAGUCGGAGGCCACACCUGCAA